AUGUCCGGAAUGCACUCCAGCUUCUCCAGCUCCGUCACUGGCGACAGCCGCCAUAGCUACGCCCUCCUCUCCGCGAUACAAGAGGGCUCAAAAGCCUCCUCUUCGUCCUCCUCUUCCCCCUACCAGAAAGACGGCGACGCCGCCUCAAUGUCAAGCUUCGGCAGCUCCGCUUCCCUCCUCAAAAGCAAACUGAACAAGCACUCCGCCAGCUCAGCAAGAUCAUCAUCAUCAUCAUCAUCAUCAUCAUCAUCAAAAAAGUCUUCGUCCCUGAUUGCCCGCCAACGGGCCGCCGAGGACGCGAAUACGCAAAUCAUGAAUUCGCAGGCUGCAUACUGGCCCUCAUCUAUCCGCAACGACUUGUAA